AUCGCUUCUCGUUUUACGCGUCUUCUGUCUGUCGAAAGUGAGUCCCGUGUGGAAAUAAGUGUCGGGAAUGUCGAAAAUAGCGACGUGCGACCGUCGGGACGUAUCGUGAGUACAUUAUUAGUGAGUAGUCUCCUCAUUACAUACGUAUACCGGUGCUUGUCGCGAUGUGUCGAGUCGAUGUUUCUCUCACACUUCUUAUCAUUAUCGACUCACUCAAGUAGUAAUAGAAUCGGACGACUAUCGGAUUUAUUAGCCGGGAAUUAGAAAUUCGGUGAUAAUUAGAUGGAACGAGAAAGAUAUUGUGACGUGAGAGAUAUACGCGAGGCCGAAUCUCGGGAGGUAACGGUUAGUCAGUUAGUAAGAAAGAGAGAGAGAGAAAGAGAGGAAGAAAGUCGUACACAGAGCGCGUCAUUGCGAAAGCGCGACAAUGUUUACAUCAUGGCGCGUUGAUGUUGGUAAGGUGUGACGUUGCUAUUUUCAAAGGAGCUGCUUUUUGUUUUUGUUUUGGAAGUCGCAUAUUUCGCUACAGCAGAACGUAACAGUAAGUCCCGGACCGGCGAGAGCGACAUACACGCCGCGGAACGCGUGCACCGGUGAAUUAGAUAUUGAACAUUAUUUUCGUUGAAAUAUUUAAUCGAGCUCUCGCCGGUAUCGCGUUCAUUAGUACGUAUGUCUCCGACCGAGCCGUAUCACGCGAGUGUCAGUGUGAGUGCCAAGUAUCCAAAGCAGCUAAGAUGCUGGGUUUGAAAGUAAGGACGAAGGACGUAGACGCCAACAGAGGGUCAACGCUACGUCAUAUAUUUCUAGGCCGGAGGACCGCGGGGAGGAAGCGUCGACGCGCAGAUGGACUUCGACGAGAGCAAUGCACCCCGCAUGGAAAAAGCGCAGCCUCUACCGCGAGCGGUAUCGACAGCGUACGAAGACAUGUAACGUACAGAUGCGGCCUCGUUGCUGAUCCGAUCAGGCUAGCGUUAUCGAUAACGAGAAGCCCGAGGCGCGAGACACCACGAGGAGGCCACCGUCAACGACGAGGAGGAGAAGGAGGAGGAGGACCGAGGAAGAGGAGAAGAAGAGGAAGAAGACGACGAAGAAGAAGACGUGCGACAGGUAGCGGAGGAGGAGAGAGCGUAGGUGGAAGCGCGCGUGGCGGAGAAGAACGGAGAAAGACGCAACCGGCGGAAAGGGGAGCUGGAGAGAUCACUCUCUCUCUGUGAGAAACGAGACGAACGGAGGUAGCCUAAGCGCCCGAACAUGACGCAGCAAAGCGGCGCUGGGUCACCCCAGCAGUUCUGUCUGCGCUGGAACAACUAUCAGACCAAUCUCACUAACGUCUUCGACCAGCUCCUGCACAGCGAGAGCUUCGUGGACGUCACCUUGGCCUGCGACGGGCACAGCGUCAAGGCCCACAAGAUGGUACUCUCAGCCUGCAGCCCGUAUUUCCAAACGCUCUUCUUCGACAACCCCUGCCAGCAUCCGAUCGUCAUCAUGAAGGACAUCAAGUGGCCAGAGCUCAAGGCCGCGGUCGAGUUCAUGUACAAGGGCGAGAUCAAUGUCUCCCAAGAGCAAAUCGGGCCACUGCUCAAGGUCGCCGAAAGUCUCAAGAUUCGCGGUCUCGCGGAUGUCAACAGUGAGCAAGAGCUCACGUCUAGACCGAGUUUGGAGGAGGCUGCCGGUGCGGCGAUGCACCGGAAGAAACGUCGCCGGAUGUCCGGCGAGAGAUCACCGUCCGGUACCAACAGUCCGGAUCGUGUCGGUUCCGGUAGCAUCGUCGACGAUCAAGACGUGAUCGCCAGCAACGUCGUCGUGCCCGAAAUUCACAACAUGAUACCGGCGGCGAGCUCGACACCGAGGUCUCUGGGUUCACCCAGCACACCCAAUAUCUCCGUCACGCCGCAGAUCAACCUGCAGGAGCUUCCGGUCACGCUGCCUCUACCGCCACCCCCGCCGCCACCCCCGCAGGGACAGCAGAGCUCGCACCCCCUGCCGACUCACCACGUGCCUGGCCACGUGACUUCCGGUCCGCACGCGCCCGUCAACCACCUGGGCGGCCACAGCCAGCAACUCGGCGUGCAGCAGCAGCAACAGCAGCAGCAGCAACAACAGCAGCAGCAACAGCAACAGCACCACCAGCAAGGCGCCGGUAAUCAACCCGGUACCGGAGAUGACCUCGAGAUCAAGCCCGGCAUCGCUGAGAUGAUUCGGGAGGAGGAAAGGGCCAAGUUGUUGGAGUCGUCCCACGCUUGGCUCGGCGCCUCCACCUCCAGUAUAGCAGCAGACAGCUACCAGUACCAGCUGCAAUCCAUGUGGCAGAAGUGCUGGAACACCAACCAGAGUCUGGUGCACAACCUGCGCUUCCGGGAACGCGGACCCCUCAAGUCCUGGCGGCCCGAGACCAUGGCGGAAGCGAUCUUCAGCGUCUUGAAGGAAGGACUCUCACUCAGCCAAGCGGCAAGGAAGUACGACAUCCCCUACCCGACGUUCGUCCUGUACGCGAAUCGAGUGCACAACAUGCUGGGUCCUAGCGCCGACGGCGGGGCCGGUGAGUAUCUGCGCCCGAAGGGACGAGGAAGACCGCAGAGGAUCUUGCUGGGCGUCUGGCCGGACGAGCACAUUCGCGGCGUGAUUCGCGCCGUGGUGUUCCGCGACGGGCACUCGCCGCACAUCGUCAAGGAGGAGCCGACCACGAUGUACCCGAGCCUGGCGAACUACGCAGCCUGCAACGGCCCGGAAGGCGCGGUCAGUCCCGGCGCGGCGGCCGCGGCCGCGGUCGCGGCGGUCGCUCAAGGUCUGCGACAUCAGAUGUGCAGCAUGGUUGCGGCAGCGCACUCGCAGCAGCACGACAUGAUGGCGACGAACCUGUCGACGAACCUGUCGACGAGCCUGUCCACUAGCCUGUCGUCGAAUCUGCAGGCAGCGAUGCAAGCCAGCCAACAUCACAAUAACAAUAACAACAGCGGCAAUCCAGGCAUCGGCGGUAGCAACAACGGCGGCGUCGGUCCCGGCAAUAACAACGGCAACUCCCCGCUGAAUCUUGGUCUAGCGAGCCCGGGUUCGGGCGGACCACCGGAAAGCCCGAUGGAAAGCCCGCUGGCGAGCCCGCUAGGCCCGCUGAUGGACCCGGGUCACAUACCGAGCAGCGUGGAGGUCGGCAUCGGCGUGAGCGGUAUGACGUACAAGCCAGCGCGGAGCUUCGUCAGCCCGCGACCAGAGAAUCUCUUCCAGGAGGACAUCGCCGACCUGGUCAAGAGUCCGCACGGUCUCAAGGACAAGGACAAGAUCCCGGUGAAGCUCGAGCCGCUCACGGACUCGCGCUGCGAAUAGUAAGCCAUUACGGUGGCGGUAGGUGCGGAAAGAACGACGACGACGACGAAGACGGUGCGUCCCUCGGCGUCGCUGUCGCCGUGGGAGAAUCGCCGGUCGACGAUGUGUGAGCGUCGACAUCCCGACGCUCGAUGACCCCGAGGAAGACCUCCCUCUCUUCGAGGUCGUCGACGGCGACCGAGGACCGUCGUUAGGCGAGGAGAGGGAGAAAUAUAGAGAUAUAGAGAGAGAAACAGAGAGAGAGAGAAAAAGAGGGAGAGAGAGGUGUGAGUGAGAACGAGAGAGUCGGCUCGAUGCUUCUUCUUCUAGCGGAGGUAUCGAGCCCCGGUUGCUCACUCGCUGACACCUCCUCGCGGGAGUUUAUAGUAUAUAUAUACGCGACUCCGAACGUUGUACGCGAGCGCGAUGUACUGUGCAUACGAGUAUGUUAAGAGGGAGAAAGCGCGAAAAAGAGGGAGAGAAAGAUAUAGAGAGGCUUACAAUCAAAAAACCUAAAGGAGACAUACACACAGAGAGAAAUAGAAAGAGAAUGAAGAAAAUGGGAGAAAGAAAGAGAGAGAGAACGCGGAUGAGACAAGCGAGUACCGAGAGUGUCUCAAGCUCGUCUCGCCUGGCUCAGAGCUUCAUAGAAGGACGAGCGAGCGAUCGUGGAUCGUUCUAGACGAAGAUCGCUCGGUCGAUCCUUCGGUAGGCAAGAAGGAGAAAAGGAAAGAGAGACAGAGAGAAAAGAGAACGAGAGAGUGAGAGGAAGAGAGACAGAGAAAGAGUAAAACCUUCUUCUAGCAAACGUAAUAUAGCUAUUGGGUCGCCAGCGCCUCGCGAGCGCCGCUACCUUUUUCCAAUCUAGAUAGUCGUGUCAUCGUCGUGUCGUACGGACUAUGUACAUGUAAUAAAGGUAAAACCCACACGCCACAUACGAGCGCACAUAUAUACACUAUACAGAAACACAUACACAGACACACAACCACAUAUACACAUGCGUAAACGAGCGCGCCUCCACACAGGAUACAGACAACUCGAAAAAAAAUUUAUACCUACGCAUAUACGAUAACUGUACUUUUAAUGCCAAAUGUAUAAUAACUCAUAAGAGGUCGCCUACUGCCGAUUAAUGAUCGAUUACUCGAGACUGGUGCCGACGAGGGAGCAAGUCCACGAGCACAGCUAAUCGCCCGCACUGUCGAGUCCUUACACGGCGUGUCGUGUAAAUCAUUUGGUCAUAUGUCCCAAUUUUCGGACGUCGCAGAGGUUCAAUCUAAAUUUUGUCCAGCAGUUGAGAAAAAUUCAUCUUUUUUUUGCAGGUGCAAAAACAAGGUGUUUAACAUCAUAAAAUAAUUUGAAUUUCGGGGUAAAAAAUUUGGACGUAACUCUUGAUUUCUUGAUUUCGAGCUAUUAUGAAAAUUGAUACGUUGAUUUUUCUUUUUUUUUCAUUGAAUUACUUUGAGAAUACCGCUUUAAGUUGCUUUAACGAUAGAAAUAUCUCUUUCCCCUUUUUCUUCGUCGAACGUAUCUUGCAGAGAGUAAGUUUCAAGCGUCGUAAAUUUCGCCGCGAGUUCCGGCGAACAAUGUAAAAUCUCGACUCCGUGCACGGCACUUUGCGUAAGAGCGCGAUCCUUCUAACGCGAGGCAGUAAGCGACGUCACCGAUCUAAGCUCGAUAAGUAAGGGAGAUGUACAAAAUUCACUAUGACUGUCUACCAAGAAACAAACAAGCAAAAAGAAGAUUAAAGAGCGAAAGCGAAAGAAAGAAAGAAAGAAAGAGUGAUAGAAAGAGAGAGAGAGAGAGAGAGAGAGAGAGAGAGAGAGAGAAAGAGAGAGAGAGGGAGCGAGAGAGGGAAGAAGUUACGACAAAGUAUAAGACGAUGGAAACAAAUUCAACGGCUUAUAAAAGCGAGCACACUCUAGGCCGAGAUGAUCGCUGUACGUUAUUAAGUAUAAUGAUUGCCUUCCUGCCAUAUUUGGGGUAUGCCAAGUAUAAAAAUUAUAAGGUUUAGGGAUUAGGGGACGAGAAACUGUGGCGACACGAGACACGUGUCGAAAUUUCGGUGAGUUCGGUGACCACGAAGUGUGCAUCGGUGCGAGACUGCGAACCUGAAUACGAGCCUGAACGUGCGAGUAUGAACGCGAGCCUGAACGCGCGUAUGUUGAUGAAUGUGAGGGAGAGGAAGAGGAAAAGAGUAGUACGGAGCGAAAAUGGGAAAGCGCGAACGGAUGAGCGAAAGAGACUUGCGUGCGUGUGUUCUUCUUUCGAAAGAUCGUGCUAUUUUUCAAAAUUUUACACGUUGCGCGUGAUUUCGCGAAGGGACCCCGAGUCCUCGACAAUCGAAGAACGACCCGAGUGCCGACCGAUGUUAAAUCGAAUAACUGCAAACAUUAUUGAAAAUUUGCGCCAAAACGGACAGAAUUUAUUUUUACCGGAAGAAACUCCACCACGAUUCGUUCAAUCUUCUUCGCUGAAUUCAAUUAAUCCGGAUUUGAUUUGACGCGAGAAUAUCUUUUUGCAUAGGUGCUAAAAUGAUAACAGAUCGAUAUUUUUCGCCAAUCUGAUCUAUUCGUCGUGAAAGUCGGCACGCUGGUUCGAGAGAAAAUAAGAGGAGAGAAUGCGAGUGAGGAUGAGUGCGUGCAUGUGCGCACGUGUGCGAGAGAAAGAGACUCCUUGUAAGUGUAAAAAGUAAACAAAAAAAUUUUUCGAAGUGGCCUUCGGUGAAAGGGAAAGAUCAUCGCUUUUCGCUUUUGCUCGUACGAGGCUUUUGCGUAACGAGCCAUCCGUGUUAUCCGUUUGUCUGGGAAACUUUACGGGAGAGUAGGUAAAAAAAAAGGAAAGAAAAGAAACAAGCAAACGCAGGAGGAAAAAAUUGAUUCUCGCGCCACGCUCAUGCAGCCAGAACAUUUCCGGUAACGGUUUGGGAGAGGAGAGGAUAGCAGAGUAGAGAAGAAGAGAGAGAUGAGGGGAAGGAACGAAGAGUAGAUCACGCGUUCGUAGCACGUAUCGGGGUGAUUAGAAAAAAUGAAACAUCGGGCAAACCAAAAAACGAUAAGGAGAAAAUAAAAAAGAAGAAAAAAAUAACACGUUAUUCUUGAUACAAGCGACUUUUGUGCGAAAACGCGACGGUGGUCGCGAGGCGACGUUAGACGGCGAUUUAUUAGUAUACGCGUUGCAAUAUAAAACUCGAUCGACCACGUUUUUCAUUUCGGCGGUAAAUCGGAAAACGCGAGUUCUAAUUACCAUUUAGGCAUAAUGUGUUCAACGAGGAAAAAGGUAAAUUCGCGCGAGACGUGCGGCGGCAAAAAGAGAACAAAGAACAGAUAAGACGUUUUUAGGCGAAAAACGAGGGAACUGAAAUUUAGUAGCAGCAGAAGAAGCGCGAAACAUUGCGAGACGCAAGAGAGAAAGGGAUAGAAAAAGAAAGAGGGAAAGAGAGAGAAUGAGAACGAGAAAAAGAAUACGAGGUCGCGAGAGCGUGGGGAAAAGAGCGAAUGCGAAAGAAAUUUAAAAUUAAAUAUUGUAUAAAAAGAAAAAAAGUAGUAAGUGCCUUCCAAAAAAAAAAAUUUAAGUGUCCCGUAGACCGUGACCACUUGACUAAGCGACGAAGAAGUCAUUCGAAAUUCUGCUGAAUGCAUUAUUCGUGAGAUCACGUUUGUAAAUACGUUGCGUAUAAGAUCGACAUGUCGUUCCUUUCCUCCGACACGAUCCCUUCGUGUAUCUUUACACCAAAUAAAUUGCCGUUAUUCACGAUUAAACGUCCGGCGCGAAGUUAAACUGAUAAUUUGAGGUAGAGAACUCACCACAUAUUUCUGCGACCCAGGUGCCUCUUUAAUUUCAAAUCGCGCGAUACUAACGCGCUUAAUUCUUAAUUACGCACGAUAUGAUACAAACGUGCCGCAGAAUAUUUGUUUUAUCUCUGAAGAUCGCAAGUCCAUAGAUUGAGAUUGUUAUCUAAAUUCGUAUAGCUUCUGAAUGAAUAUUUUUUCAAUUGUUUCUGAAUCGUUCGCGGAAAAGGUUCCCUUUUCGAGUUAUUCAAUUGUUGUUCGCCAAAAGAAGAAAAAUAAGAAAUGAUCGUGCGACAAGUGAAAUAGUCGGUUAAACCGGCAAACUCCUACGAGUGUCGAAUACGCAAUGUGUCUACGAACUCUGUGUGUGCAUGUGUGUUUGAGUGAGAGUGUCCGAAGCAACAAACUACCCGACAAAAUUUGUGUUUUGGAUCAAUCCACACAGGUAAUACCCUGAAUGGCAUAUUCUCGAGAUGUUUUCCUUCUUGAUUUCCCGGCAGAAGAAACAGAGUCGACGAAGUAGUAGAUAGAAGGAGAGAAAGUGAGAGAGAAAGAAAGAAAGAGAGAACGAGAGAACGAGAGAGAGAGAGAAAACGAGCGAGCGAGCGAAAGAGAGAGAAAGAGAGCGCGCGUAGGAGAAUAAGAAAAAAAAAAUAAAAAAAAUGAAAGAGGAUCACAGCUGACCGACACAGGAGAACGGCUAUUUCGAGAGGACCUUUUCGUUUCCACGUUUUGAUAUAUACAUAUAUGUAUCUGUGAACAGAUGAUAAAAAAGAAAUACCUAUAUUACAUACCUAAGACGUAAGUGAACAAAAAAGCAUCUAAUACGCUAUUAUUGAUAUAGAACACAAAGUGAAUAUAUAUAUGAGAAAAAAGUAUAUUAUAUAUAUAUAAAUAUAUAUAUAUAUAAAUAUAAAAAAUUGAUAUAUUGAUGCUGUAGGGUUAUACUGGCUGAGUGCGUUUAUUGCAUUAGAAAGAAAGUGUGAGAGAGUGUGAGCGUAAGAAAGAGAGAAUGAAAGAGAGAAAGAAAGAGAGAAAGGGAAAGAUAGAGGCCGCGGUUCUUUUCCGAACGUCGUCGAGGACGAAACAAAAGUUCACGGGGAGAGUUUUGCGCUGUAGGCGACGCUGGAGGUUUUAGAAUCGAGAAGACAAAGUAGCUCGUAGGGUUUUUAUCGGGUCGACAAGAGGACAGAUGUGCGUGACUCUGGCGCUACCUUAGAGAGAAAGAGAGAAAAGAUAGCCAAUUCAAUUCAGCUCGCGGACGCGCGCGUCCCGUUUAUCGACAUUGCGCACACUCCGCGAGACGAUUUAUCCCUCUUUUGCAUUCCCACGAAAUCAUGAAGUCGCGAUAUCGUAUCGAAUUGCCGACACACGAUACACCUUAACGAGUUUCGCAUAACAUUUCGUAUUUCCGCAACUCAACACUACGCAACGCGGCUCGUUGAAAUCCCAAUUUAUCGUGCGCUGAUCCUAGCCUCGUACGAGAAAUAUUGUCCGGAAAACGCUCGUGUUGUCCGCGACGCGACGUUUUCGAAUCAACGGGCCCGCAAGAGACCACGGAAUAGACUGUCGAUACGCGGGACUGCUCGUCCAGGAGUUUCAGAUCACACGCAUGCAGAGACCACCGAGAUCGAUCGACGAGUGCUUUCGUUUCCAUGCAUGUGAAAAACCUUUCCUUUAAUUGAUAUCGUUAUUGCCGCGGUGAAUGUUGAGAAUGAGAAAGAAAAUUAAGUGAGAGAGAAAGAGAGCUGCGAGAAUUAGGGAGCGAGAGAGCGUGAGCGAAAGCGAGAGCGAGCGAGCGAGCGAGCGAACGAGCGAGCGAGUUGCACAGCGAACGACAGCCGACUAUAACAGAAGCAUAGUAGUCUCCGUACCACACGAUUUAUGACUAGUUUACAGGACGCGUGCCGACGACGACGCGCGCUUUCUACGAAGGAGGAGGAUGAGAAAGAGGGCAAGGGGAGAGGGGAAGGAGAACACCCUGAUCGCUCGUGCGAGAUUGUUCCUCCCUCGCGGUGAGUGCGCGCGUUGCGUGCGGUCGCGCGAUGAUACACGCCGCGUUUCCGUUUUCUCUACGAUAGUUAACGUUUAAGGGACAAUUUAGAUGUGGCAUCUUUCAUUUGCGAAGACUAUUAGUCGUGCAAUAGGAUCGCACACUUUUCAGAGCCCGGUUAUUUAAUCGCACACGAGCCCAAGUAAAAAAUACAAAUCAACACACACACACGUACUCUAACAUGUGUAUACAUGCACACAUAGAAACGUAUACAAACACACACGACACAUAUAUACAUCCACACUUGCAUACAUUUACACUCCGAGAAGUCGAGAGAAUGUGGGGACACACGAGAUUGUUUGUCUUUACUGUAAAUAGGAGAAGCAGUAUGUACGGCAAGAUUCAUCGUUAUCACUGUAACAUGUAACAUAUUUAUUUCGAGGAGUUCUCGUUGAGUUCUCCCGUUUAAGUAGCCUAAGAUUCGGAUUUUGUUUCGAACCUUCCGCCCUGCCGGUCGGAGGCGCAGGGCGAGAUCCGCCGCGAGAGGCGCCUUUCGGAAGGGAAAGAAAGAAAGAUUUUCCUUUCCGAAAGUGUUUUCGCGCCGUGUGCGAGUCGUCGGUGAGCCCUGAAGCCUCCGCACCUCGGUAUCGUCUCGAUCGACCGCGAAGAUGAGACACGCGACGUCCGCAAAUGACGGAAUUUGUUUUGCUGACGAUUAAGAGUGAAUUACUUAUCGAAACCGAGCGACUCGAGAUCGAAGGUGAAUGUUCGAAUAAUUUCGCGCCGCGACUGGAUGUCUUUCCGCCAAUUUUCUUCCGCACGAGACCGCGCUUUCUCACGUGGUCAUCGCAUACGUCGUCAACGUCGCGUGUUUCGGCAAUGUUGCUCUCAAUCCGACCGCCGUCUUCAUUAUCCGCACGAGGUAAAUACGAAAGAAACCCCGUACGUUAUUUAAAAGUUUAAGGUAUUUAAGCGAGUAUUUACGAUUACGAUUUACAGAUUUAUAUUUAGAAACGACGAGAAUCCCCGCGCACGACGAGAAAGAAAGAGAGAGAGAAAGAGAGAGAAAGUGAGAGAGAGAACCGCGAUAUAUGUAUAAAAUAUAUAUAUAUAUAUAUAUAUAUAUCUCGAUAAUUAUAUAGUUUAGAAAUUUACUUCGACUGACGAACUUCUAACGAAUCGUUUCGCCGAUUAUGCAAUUUAGAAGUUUAUCAGAGCAGCGGCAUAGUCCCGCAGCGAGCGAUCGUUGUUGUUGUGUUAACGACUCGGGAGGUUGUUUCUCCGCUCGUGUGAAUCUUGCGUGCGCGAAUAUGGAGGGGAAGAAGCGGCUCUUCUCCGGACGGUUUCGCGUCGAGACGGUGCACCGGCCGGGCGGAAUCGUCGCGAUCACAAACAGCGCGCUCGUCGCACGUGCUCGGCGGCGAGAAACGGCAAUAUUUUAUAGUUACUAUCGUUUUUAUUAUAUUCCCGCGCCUUUUUGAGAGGAGAAGAUCCAUGAAAGAAAAAAAAAGAGCAACCCACAAAACAAGAAAAAAAAGAAUACACACAAAGAGGCAAGUAUUUCUUUUUUCAAUGUAGGUAGCCCAAUUUGUUGUUCGGAUAAGUCGCCCGUACCCGAUAUAGUUGUAUAUCGCGAUAAAAGUGCGCGCGUUGACAACGCGCGCGACGAUGUAGCCGUGACGACUCGUGAAACGACGUUCGUUCCCCGAUUUUACUUCGUGAGCGCGACAGAAGACGUGUGUGGUGGAUGAUAUAUGCCUCCGCGCGCGCGGUUUGCUUUAGUCACGGACGAGAACGCAAAAAUCGUUCACCCAUUUAAAUAAAACGCGUUUCCCACCCACCCAUCCAGCCAUCCGCCCACCUCCGUUUCCCCACAUUAACCUGGCUCCUGCUCCUCCCGAUUGAUUCCCUUCGUCCUCUUAGCCCAAAAACUGCCCCCAGCCCUAAUCCAAAAAAAAAACCCGGCCACGAGCCUCACUUUUAUUUAUUACCGAUUAGCUCGUAAGAUGACGUUCUACCGAGGUAUGCUAUACUUAUAAAUACACCCUAUAUAUAGUGGAGUAAGCAAGUUACAUUACCUACCUACCUACCUAUCCGCGCUUGACGGGUGGAACAAACAGAAGAAACACGCAAUCAUACAUUUAAGUUGCUACUUGGCACGUAUACCUAAGUAAUAUACUAACAUAAACAGUAUGCAAUAACAAAUAAAUAUGAGAAACGAAGGA